AAGCGACGCUUUACGACUUUUUCUCCCUUUUACGACUGAAGCCGCCGCUGCCGCCAGGAUCCCAUGGCCGCAGCAGAGCGGGUGCCCCCCCCGGAGGAGGAGGAAGAGGAGGAAGAGGAGGAAGAAGAAGAGGAGGAAGAAGAGGAGGAAGAAGAAGAGGAGGAAGAAGAGGAGGAAGAGAAUAAAGAAAAGGAGGAAGAGGAGGAGGAAGGCACCCAAACUCCCUCCACUCAUCUGGGACCCUCAUCUGAGGGUGGUGAACCCUCCCAGAAGGGUGGGAGCCCCCCCAAGAGGGUGGUCCCAGGUGUGCUUUAUCUCUCCUACCUCCCCCCUGGCUUCGGCCCCCGCCAGGCCCGGACCCUCCUGGGGGUCCAUGGGGAGCUGGGCAGGGUCUUCUUCCAGCCUCGAGGUGGGGGGGUGAGGAAGAGGAGGCAGCGGCCAGGCCCUUCCUCCGGCUCCUUCUCCGAAGCCUGGGUGGAAUUUCGGGAUAAACGCGCGGCCAAACGCGCGGCCGCCCUCCUGCACGGGACCCCCAUGGCCCCCCGGCCCCGCAGCCCCUUCCGCCACCACUGCUGGAGCCUCAAGUACCUGCCUGGUUUCCGCUGGCCCCACCUCAGCGAGCGCCUCAGCUACGAGCGCCACGUCCGGGCCCAGCGGCUCCGGGCCGAGGUGGCCCAGGCCAAACGCGAGGGGUCCUUCUACGCCCGCCGCCCCUCGGGACCCCCCAAGCCCUCGGGACCCUCCUCUGCCUCCUCCCUGGCGACCCCCACCUGGGCCUUCACCCAACGAGCCACCGAAGAGGAAAUUUGGGGGCGCAAAAAACGACCCCCCCCUUCCGCCCCCCCCCCGCAGCCUCCUCCAGAAGGUGUUUGGGGGUGGGGCUUGAGCCCCCCUCCCCACCCAGGGGGAUCUGGCUGGGGUAGAAGCCCCCCCACCCCUUCCCCAUUUUUCUCCUUAAAAUUUUUCUCAAUGUUAAAAAGAGAGAAGUUCCCCAUGGUCUCUUUGUGACCCCCCCCCAUUUACACCCUGUGGGGCUGUCCCCUCAUCUCCUCCCCCAGAGCCCAGUGGUCCCAGCCCCUCCACGUUUAGUUCCCCCCAAAUGUCGUCCCCGUCCCCGCCCCUCCCCAGGGUGGAGGGGACCAAGAUGUCAGAACCGCCCCCCCCCCCAGUUCUAGCCCCAAAUUUAUAUUUUUUUC